AUGAAACGUCGCGUGACGAUCGUGUACAAUCCGGUGCAACCGGGCACUCGUCACCAACCCCAUCAUCAUCAUCAUCAUCAUCAUCAUCAUCACCAUCCUUCGCCCCUGCACCAGCAGAAUCCUUCUCCGACGGGGACAUUCCACUCGACAGCAUUAGCAUCCUCAUCUUCGCCGAACAUGAUCAGCUCCCUUUGCCUGUCCUGCAUGGCGACCUCGUCCACUCCUUCGUCAACGUUCCGCUUCACCACCUCCACGACUGCUUCCUCCUCCUCCUCCUCCUCCUCCACCUCUUCAUCAUCAUCAUCCUCAUCAGCGUCAUCCUUUCCGUGCCAACGGUGCUGCUCGAUAUCAUCCAUUUUGAAAUCGUCGCCGGCGUCAUCACCGUCGCCGUUGAGUGCCUCAGAAAAAGCAGCACAGCUAGAAGAUGCUCUUAAUAAUAAUCAUGCCCCGCAACAUCAGCACCCCUCCCAUCACCACCCGCCCCAUCAGCAUCACAAACCAUCGACGGAUGGGUGUUGUGCGACAAACGAUUGCACCCAGCAGCCCACCCAGCGACCGAACGUACCGGAGCAGGGCUGGUGCAUGUACCUGGCCGUCGGGCUAAUUGCGGCCCUGUGCUAUCUGAACGGCAUCCAGGGGGACUUUGUGCACGACGACAUACCGGCGAUCACGCUCAACAAGGACGUGCUCGGGCACGGUCCGGUGGCGCAGGUGUUCCGCAACGACUUCUGGGGCACGCCGAUGGCCGACCUAAGCAGCCAUAAAUCAUACCGUCCGCUGACCACGCUGACGUUUCGCCUCAACUAUCUGACCUUCGGCCUGCGCUCGGUAUGGUUUCAUGCGACAAACGUGGCGUUGCAUGCCGUCGCCACGAUGCUCUUCACCCGCGUCUGCCUCACGAUAGCGGGACUGCGGCGAAACUUUGCCAUACUGGCGGGCGUCCUCUUUGCCGUCCAUCCCAUCCACACCGAGGCGGUGACGGGCAUCGUGGGACGUGCCGAUGUGCUGGCGUGUAUAUUCUUCCUAAUUUCGCUGCUGGUCUAUCACGGCCGUUCCUACGAACCAGACAUGAACUCGAUCUGGCUCAGCAUCGUGCUCGGCGGUUUGAGCAUGCUGGCCAAAGAGACGGGCAUUACCGUGUUUCUGCUGAACGUCGCCUACGACACGUACCGCAACUGGCCCGCCUUGAAGCGCACCGUGCAGGAUAUGCGCUGGAGCGAAGAAACGCACCAAUUCGGACGCCGCGUGUCGCGUGUCCUGCUCUCGAUGGGUGUGCUGCUGGCGGUACGACUAGCUCUGCUGCAGGGUUCGUUACCACGGUUCUCGCAGCAGGAUAAUCCGACCGCCUUCCAUCCGAAUCUUUACGUGCGUCUGCUCACCUUCUGCUAUCUGGCCGCCUUCAACUGGUGGCUGCUGCUGUGCCCAUCCACGCUCAGCCACGACUGGCAGAUGGGUUCGAUCCCGCUCGUUACAACGCUCAGCGAUCCUAGAAACCUGCUCACGUUUAUUGCGUUCGGUGCGGCGCUACUGUUCGCGUUUCGUGGGCUUAUGGAUUGUGAGCAUCAACGUCACGUGCCGGUGGUAUUAGGGUUUCUAUUAUUAGUGCUGCCGUUUCUGCCCGCCACAAACCUAGUCGUAACGGUGGGCUUCGUCGUCGCCGAGCGAGUUCUCUACAUUCCAAGCAUGGGCUGCCUGAUUCUGGUAGUGUACGGUGCACAGCGACUCUGGGAACGUUCGGACCGUCUGCGAAGACCGAUCCUGCUGCUUACCAUCGUAUUGCUGGCGGCUGGCUGUCUCAAAACCAUCGCCCGUAACCAGGACUGGAGUUCGCGCGAAGCCUUGCUGCGCUCGGGCCUGAAAACGUUACCGCACAACGCCAAAAUGCACUACAAUUUCGGCAAUUUCCUGCGGGACUCGUCGCAACCGGAGCCGGCCAUCGCUCAUUAUCGGGAGGCACUGCGGCUGUGGCCGACGUACGCGAGCGCCCACAACAACAUCGGCACGCUCAUGCCGCAGUUCGCCACGGCCGAGUAUCACUUCCGGGAGGCUAUCAAAUAUGCAUCCGAGCACAUUAACGCGCACUACAAUCUAGGCCAAUUAUACAGAAAAUCGAACCGAACGACCGAUGCGAUCCGGAUGCUGGAACGUUGCAUUCAGCUGGAACCACUCUUUACCGCAGCUUACCUGGAGCUGGCGAAGCUGUACGGUGGACAGCCGGCAGCUGCUGGCAGACUGUUGGCACGGGUUGUACGACUCAAUCCGUACAAUGCGGACCUUCGCCGGCAGUACGGCGACUGGCUGAUGGAGCAAAAGAUGCUGCUGGAAGCGUUCAAACAAUACCAGGAAGGGAUCAAAAUAAUGGAAACUCAUCAAUUAUCCGUGAUUGGAGCCUGUCGCUGUCUACGCAAAAUGGGACAACAGUCGCGAUUACAUCAAAUGGUGCUGAGAUGGCAAUUUAUAGUUCGCUUAUCGAACGGCGGCAUUCCGAUACAGAACGAUAUCUAUCUCCGUGAUUGGAGCAUAAAGCACGAGCUUCGCAACCGAGCGAUGAUAUACGACAGUGGAAGCAGCAGCGGCAGCAGCAGCAGCACUAGCGGUGCUCCCAUCAGCAGUAGCAGCAGCACUAGCAGCAGUAUUGUGAAUGGCGACAUUGCUCCCACCGCCCGAAGAGACGCUGAGAGCAUAAAAGAUUGCUCAAACUCACAUCCCAGUAAACAGACCGAUUCACACCCACAAACGGAACCGGCCGAAAUAAGCAUACGCAUUCUGCGUACACCACACUGCAACCGUUCGGAGCAUCUGCCCAACUCACUGAAAGCCUGCAAACUAGUGACGGCGUCUUCUACAUCGCAGCCCGAACCCACCACCAACUCGAACCCUUCGCCCUCCUCGAGCACGGGGAAAGGUGGUGCGAAAACGAAAAAAUGGUCCAAAUCGCGUCACAAACCGAAACGACAGCCCACUCCCACUGGAACUGCACUCGAUCCCAACGGUGCCCUUGCGCCGCUGCUCGUUUCAAACCUUCUCGACAAGCUGUAAC